AUGUCCGGAAUCGAAAUUGCAGGCCUCGUGCUCGGAGGCAUUCCGCUUCUCAUCUCAGCAAUCGAACACUAUAACGAUGGACUUGAACCUCUCAAAUGCUUCAUAUUGUGGAAAGGGAAGCUCUCUGAUAUGCUGCGCAAACUUUGGCAUCAACAUAACUUCUAUGAGAUGGCGUUGAGGCAUCUUUUGCAGGGCAUAGCGGAUAAUAAACAGUUGGAUGAAAUGAUAAACAAUAUUGGGGCUGAUCUGUGGAAAGAUGGUGAUAUAAAGGAGAAGAUUAGAGAAAAAUUGGGUGUAGCGUAUAUGGGGUAUUUUGAUACCGUCAAGGAAAUUGAAGAUAUUAUGAAAGACCUCUGUAAGCACUUAAAUCUCAACAAAUCAAGCAAGGCAACUAGAAACGAACUCGAAGCAUUUGUUAUUGCAAACCCACCCAAUUCUGGCCUACCCGGAAAACAACAAAAAUUUCAGUUCAGGAGAAGGGUGGACUUCACCAUGAAGCGGCGAGAACUAGCCCGGACGCUGGAACGUUUAAAAUACUGCAAUGAUCAGCUAUAUGAAUACCUUCAAAGAGCAGAAAAACUUGGAGAGGGGACUACCACUGGAACAAAAUCAAGAUCAAACCUGUCUUUAACCGUGAGGCAGGUUCAAACAAAUGCGAAAGAACUUCACGAUGUGCUUACACGGUCCUGGUGCCGCAUUGCACACACAACCCACCACGCAAAUCUGCUAUUGGAACAGCGCAUACAAAAGCCGAAUAAGGAAUUGGAUGAUGACAAUGCGACUCACUUCACUAUCUGUUUCCCGAAUUGUUCUUCUGCUGCGGGGUGGCAGUAUGCUGACGUGAGUGUAGCACAGGCGAGGCAGCCUUCAAAGCCUACAGGAAAGGUGCAGUUUUUGUUUACUCCGUCGGAUAAUUCUCCAGUUUCCGUACCAGGCAGGAAGACUUCAACACUCAGCGAAAUCACAGACAUCUGCAGAAUAUUGCAAGCAAACCAACCGAAAACAGGGCGCCUGGGACUUUCUUUAGACUCUGAAAGGAAGCUUCGAGGUAUCUUCCCAGUGGACAAGCAUCCGUUUGUCCUUGACGAUGUUGCAUCUCUUGAGGAGAUAUUGACACAGCCGCCUACGAGGAACGGAAAACCUGUCAGGAUAUCUAUAGCCGACAGAUAUACAUUAGCUGCUACAAUAGCUUCUUCUUUAAUUCAACUUCAUGCCACACCCUGGAUGAAGUACGGAUGGAGAAGACAGGACAUUAUGUUCCCCAUGAAGGAUCGGUUUCGCGAUUGCAAUGUUGAUUUUCAACAACCAUUUUUAUCAAACCGCCAAUUCUCUCAAGGAUCAUCCGUUACCUGCAUUCCUAAGGAUGAUGGAGACAUAUUCCUCGAACUUGGAACGAUGCUUGCUGAAAUUUUCUGCGGCCAAACCUUUGAAGAACGGAUUCAAGAAGAAUUUUCCUCGUCAAAAAUUAUAAAAAAAAAAAAAAAAAAAAAAAAAAAAAAAAAAAAAAAAAAAAAAAAAAAAAAAAUCUCUCAUCGUAGAGUACUUCGUCGAUGGGUCAAUGACCUUGAGCGAGAGGGAAACCUCUCAUUAGCCUCGAAGGGUGCCAUCUCGCAUUGCCUUUUUUGCCCUGCAGAUCCUUGUACGGACUUGGGUAAUCCUUCAGUUCGGCAAGGAGUGAUAGACAAAAUUGUCAUACCACUCCUGGCAGAGUUGAAGCAUUGGCGAAGUAGUACCUAAACAAAACAGUAUGCUAUGGAAGGCUCUAAGUGACGUUCCCAAUAUUCUCGGUAG